UUUGGUGGCAUUUGUGGUCCAACUCAUUCGGAAUUGCCCUUUUAACCGAAGCGUAGCGUAGUUGUCAAAAUUUAUCGGAAAAACACAAAACGCUUUGCCGCAGACAAUAUAUAAGCAGACGAUGGCGGAUGCAACUGAGGAUGUCGAGCUGGACUUUGCAGCUGACGAGCAGGAGAGGGCGCGGAGAAGCGCAGUCAUAAGGCACCCCGUGGCCUCCUUUUUCCACCUGUUCUUCCGGGUGGUUGCCAUCGUUGUCUAUCUGCUGUGUGAGUGGAUCAGCAAGAGCUUUGCAUCCUGUUUUGUCCUGAUCAUAGCUCUGCUCUCGUUUGACUUUUGGUCUGUGAAGAAUGUGACCGGCCGCCUGCUGGUGGGGCUGCGCUGGUGGAAUCAGAUUGACGAAGAUGGAAAGAGCCUCUGGGUAUUUGAGGCCAAAAAAAAGUCCCGGAAUAGUAACACUGGGACCGAAGCAGAGGAAAGGAUAUUCUGGCUGGGCCUUAUCAUCUGUCCUCUCAUCUGGACUUUCUUCUUCUUCACCUCCCUCUUCUCUCUGAAGAUUAAAUGGCUGUCUGUGGUGGUAGCUGGCAUUUCCCUCCAAGCAGCAAACCUUUAUGGCUACCUACGCUGCAAGGCAGGCGGGCAGGAUGGCCAUCCUCCAGACAACCGCUCUUUCACGGGACAGCAGCUCCCCCAGCGUCCAGAUAUCAUCUUUGGAAUAUUAUAAUGGUCACCGCCCACCCGCCCUACACGUGUAAGCUGCCUCUUCCCCAAGAUUUCCACAAACCACAUGUGCCCAAAUGGCUUUGUGUGCUGUGUUGAGCUCUGUUUAAUGCUGUGGACUGUUUAUUGCACAUCUUGUCUGUGGAUUGGUGUUGCUAUGCUCAAUAAAAGAUAAAGCUGUA